AUGAUGGACGGCCGCCUCCUGGAGCACCCGCAUGCCCAGUUCGGGGGCUCUCUGGGCGGUGUGGUGGGCUUCCCCUACCCGUUGGGCCACCACCACGUGUACGAGCUGGCCGGGCACCAGCUGCAGUCGGCCGCCGCCGCCGCCUCGGUGCCCUUCUCCAUCGACGGCCUGCUCGGGGGCUCGUGCGCCGCUGCCGCCUCGGUGGUCAACCCCACGCCGUUGCUGCCGGCCGCCUGCGGGGUCGGCGGGGACGGCCAGCCCUUCAAGCUGUCAGACUCGGGGGACCCGGACAAGGAGAGCCCGGGUUGCAAGCGGCGGCGCACCCGCACCAACUUCACCGGCUGGCAGCUGGAGGAGCUGGAGAAGGCGUUCAACGAGAGCCACUAUCCCGACGUGUUCAUGCGGGAGGCGCUGGCGCUGCGCCUAGACCUGGUCGAGUCCCGAGUUCAGGUCUGGUUCCAAAACCGCCGGGCCAAGUGGAGGAAGAAGGAGAACACCAAGAAGGGCCCGGGGCGGCCGGCGCACAACUCGCACCCGACCACGUGCAGCGGCGAACCCAUGGACCCGGAGGAGAUCGCGCGCAAGGAGCUGGAGAAGAUGGAGAAGAAGAAGCGCAAGCACGAGAAGAAGCUGCUGAAGAGCCAGGGCCGCCACCUGCACUCGCCCGGCGGCCUGUCCCUGCACAGCGCGCCCAGCUCCGACAGCGACAGCGGCGGCGGCGGCCUCUCUCCGGAGCCGCCCGAGCCGCCGCCGCCUGCCACCAAGGGCCCCGGAGCGCACGCCUCCGGCGCCGUGGGGACCGCGCCCGCCCCUCCCGGCGAGCCGCCUGCGCCGGGCACCUGCGACCCCGCCUUCUACCCGAGCCAAAGAAGCGGCGCCGGCCCACAGCCGCGCCCAGGUCGCCCUGCGGACAAGGACGCGGCCUCGUGCGGGCCAGGGGCGGCUGUGGCGGCGGCGGAGCGCGGCGCCGCGGGGCUGCCCAAGGCCAGCCCGUUCAGCGUGGAGAGCCUCCUGUCCGACUCGCCGCCGCGCCGGAAAGCCGCUUCCAACGCCGCCGCCGCCGCCGCCGCGGGGCUGGACUUCGCGCCGGGGCUGCCGUGCGCGCCGCGGACCCUGAUCGGCAAGGGCCACUUCCUCCUCUACCCCAUCACGCAGCCGCUCGGCUUCCUGGUGCCACAGGCCGCGCUCAAGGGCGGCGCGGGACUGGAGCCGGCGCCCAAGGACGCGCCGCCCGCGCCCGCCGCGCCGCCGGCGCCGCCCGCCCAGGCCAGCUUCGGGGCCUUCUCGGGGCCCGGCGGCGCCCCGGACUCGGCCUUCGCGCGCCGCAGCCCCGACGCCGUCGCCUCCCCGGGGGCCCCGGCCCCGGCGCCUUUCCGGGACCUCGCCUCGGCAGCGGCGACCGAGGGCGGCGGCGGGGACUGCGCGGACGCGGGGACCGCCGGCCCCGCGCCCCCGCCGCCCGUGCCGUCGCCCGGGCCCGGCCCGCGGGCUCCCAGCCCCGCCGAGGAGCCGGCCACCUGCGGGGUUCCCGAGCCUGGCGCGGCGGCCGGACCCAGCCCGCCGGAGGGCGAGGAGCUGGACAUGGACUGAGGCCGCGGCGGCCGGGAGACGCGCGUAGCCGGCCCGCGGCUGCUCGCUCAGGCUCCGACUCACGCAACGAAUCAGGUGAUCGGCUCUAGAAACACUGCUUUCCCCUCUUUUCUUUUGUUUUCUUCCUUUUAUUAUUUUUUUAAGAGUAAACAAAAGCGCUGUAUGAAUUCGGACCCAGGCAGCAACCACAGGACUGGGGGGUGAGACCCUCCUCCUCCCUAGGGAGCAAAAAGAACCCAUACCCCCCAAAAAACCCACAACAAGAAUCCUCAGCCUUGUAAAAUGCAAAAAUGUCUAAGAAUAUUUAUAUAUGUACAAUUUUUGAUAAAUAAAGCUGGUC